AUGUCUCGUGAUGGCAACAUGACAUCCUCCUCCUCAAGUGUAAAUAUGAACAAUAUGGCGUCAUUGUACUCGAAAGACAACAACAGCUUGAUGCCACAUCACAAACGAUUGGUCUGUUUCGUGGAAGGUAAUAUUGGCUCUGGAAAGAGUAGCACAGCACGAGAGUUACAAUUGUUUAAUGAAAACUGCGUGUCUGAACAGCAACGAACAGAUGAAUGGACACUCCUCAGCAAGUAUUAUGAAGUUGGAAUUCAUAAAAAGGAUAUCAAGCUGAACUAUGAAUUGCAAAAGCAAAUUGCAAAUACCUAUUUCAAACACUACUUUAAAUAUAACUUUCAACCAUUGAAUGUUCAAAGAGAUUCGUCACUCACAGUUUAUGACCUAUUUGAAAUGGAGCAACUGGAAGGUAUUAUGAAAAAGUAUAGUAAUAAUAUCGUGCAAAUACAUCCCAACUCAGUUCAUGUAUGGUCAUCAAUGGGCAAGGAGGUCCUCUUGGAUGGAGGUCGUGACCAUCCUUCUUCUUCUUCAUCAGACAGAAUUGGAACCAGUGACACUUUCAACAUUUUCUUUGAAGGAAUUCUUUCCUCGAGUGGUGUCUUUACUGUCAUGGAGUACAACAAGGGAAUGAUUGCUGAGGAAGAUUAUUUGGAUUUGUGUGCGAAUUAUGAUGCCUUAAAGAGAGGUGUCACUGGUCAUAUGGCCUUUUAUCUCAAACCAAAGAAUAAUGUUGAUGUCUGUCACGAAAGAAUUAAGGCCAGAAAAAGAGAAUUUGAAGGUGGAAUUGAAAAGUCAUAUUUAAAGCUCAUAGAGGAGCAUUAUGAUUCAUUCAUGGAAACUGUGGCAACCAAGAUUCCUGUUUUCAUUAUUGACAACUCCACUCUUGACGCCAAACAAACUGCAGCAUUAAUUUUGGACAUUAUCAAUGCUGCCAAAAAAGAUAUUCAAUACAUGUAA